AUGCCAAAACAAUCAAAAAAAUCACACCGCCAUAUCAAUGGUGUGACUUCUGAUCCAAUUGAGUCAAAUCAGACUAAAAAUAAAACAAAAUUGUCACCUAAUUCAAAAAAUCAAUUUAGAAUUGGACCAAAUUUUUGUAAAACAAUUCACGUUUCAUCUGUUUAUAUUGAAUAUAUAAAUCAACAGUUAACUCCAAAAAUAAUAGCCAGAGUAGACAAGGGUUUUAAUUUAGUCAAUGAUACUUGGUGUAAUUACAGAGGAAACCAGAUUUAUGUUGUUGCAAGUUUUGAAUUUGAAGAAUAUGAUAUCAAUGAUACUACAUUAAUUGCAAACAAUAAGUUUUAUACAAUAGUUGAUGGAAUUAGGUAUGACGUUAAUCGAUUUGGUAUCAGGUUAAACGUAGAAAGUUUGAAUGAAAAUCAAAACAUCACCUUAAGUCAAAAAGCAACAGCUAAAGAAAAACGACAAUUUUAUGAACCAACCAUUGUAUAUUCAAUUCCUGGGUCUAUUCCUAGUCAUGUUGAAGUUAAAGGACUUAGUAACAAGCAAAAAGGAGAUACUUUAAAAAGAUUGACAACCAUUGAUUACAAUCAAUUCAGUAUUCAAAGCAAUAGUAAUUCCUUAUUGUCCAAUUAUGAAAAUAGUGUACCAUUCAACACAACAGCUGUUUUUGAUAGGAUACAAUUCAAAAUAAAGGGUAGCAAACGUAUUAAGAUCAAUAUGCCUGAACAAGAAAAUGCCAUGUUGCAAGUUCAAUUAAUUGCUGAAAUGGAAGAUAAAAAAAGUUAUGCAGUAAUUGCAAUAGCAAAUACACCACCAUUAAGCAUCAAGACUAAAACACCUUCAUCAUAUAACUUACCUCCAAUAGAAGGUAGUAGUUCAAAACACCAAGUUUUAGGUAGAAUUAAAAAUACCCUGAGUUUUAAUAAUAUUCAACAACAACAACUUGUAUCAUCUCCAAUAAAUGUCAUGAGAAACAAUGAAAAUAAGGAAAAUAUUGAUCAAAAUUUAUCGAAAGUUUUUAGCUUGAAUUCAAAGUCCAAACUCAAAAAUUAUCAAGAAAGUGUCAAAUUCGAUGAUAAUGGAUCUAAACCCCUCAAUGAACACUUAUCUGGUAACCAAUUUAAUCAAUCAGUUAAAUCUUGUUUUAAAAUCAUUGAUGAUUAUGAAACCAGUUCACAACAAAUAUUUACACCACAACUGCUUGAUCCAUUGUAUUAUUUAAACCAAAUUAAUACAACAAUAGCCGCACCAGUUACUACCCAAAAUCCUUCUUCAAGUUUUUCCGAAAAUUUCUAUAAAUAUGAAACUGAUAAGAUUGUCCAAUAUGUCAGACCUUCAACUACUACCGAAGAUUUUACAUGUGAAUUUGAUUCAUUUUUUGAUGAUAGAAAUUUUAUAACUCCUGGAAAAAUAGCUAAAGAUGACGACCACUAA